AUUUCAAGGUUUGCUUCUUAAUUUCACUUCCAUUCUUCAUCAAAACCCUGUAAUCUGAUCAUUUUUACAUAUGUGUUCAGGUUUAACUCCUGUUCACCCUAAAUUCUUCUUCAAGAUUUCUUGAAAUUUCCCUAAUUUGAUCAUCACAACAAAUAGAAGUAGAUGUCAUUUCGUAGCAUAGUUCGUGAUUUAAGAGAUGGGAUUGGGAGCUUAUCUCGACGGGGGUUUGAUGCGAGACUUAACCGUGAUAAAUCACAGAAUGCGGUUAAUGAAUUGGAUGAUCACCCAAUUCUUGUAAGCCAUUGGGAUGGUCUCCCUCCUGAGCUACUUCGGGAUGUGAUUAAGCGGUUAGAGUCAAGCGAGAGCUGUUGGCCUGCUCGUAAGCAUGUUGUUGCGUGCGCGGCUGUUUGUAGGUCGUGGAGGGAAAUGUGCAAGGAAAUUGUUAGCGGCCCUGAAUCCUCAGGGAAGCUUACGUUUCCGUUCUCUCUUAAGCAGCCGGGGCCUCGGGAUACCUCCAUUCAAUGUUUCAUCAAGAGAGAUAAUUCUAAUUCGACAUAUUAUCUUUAUCUUUGCCUUAGUAGUGCGUUGGUGAUAGAGAACGGGAAGUUUCUUCUUUCAGCCAAACGGAGUAGGAGAAGUACGUGUACAGAGUACGUGAUUUCGAUGGAUGCAGAUAACAUAUCUAGGUCAAAUGGCGGUUACAUCGGAAAAGUGAGAUCGAAUUUUCUUGGUACGAAGUUCAUAAUUUACGACUCCCAACCACCAUAUAGCACUGCUGUCCCAUCAGGUCGAUUAGGCUCAAGUCGCCGCUUUUCUAGUCGGGUUUCUCCAAAGGUUCCAUCGGGAAGCUUUAACGUAGCCCAAAUCACAUACGAGCUAAACGUAUUGGGAACAAGGGGUCCUCGAAGGAUGCACUGCGUGAUGAAUUCAAUCCCCAUCUCCGCCCUAGAGCCUGGCGGCACUGCCGUUGGCCACCCUGACCUCUUCCACCGCUCCUUUGAAGAUUCAUUCAGGAGCAUCUCGUUCUCCAAAUCAAGCCAGUUCGGCAGCGCUCGUUUUUCAGACCCGGGCAUCGGCACGAACGACGUACAAAAUCGGAAAAACAUGCCGUUGGUUUUGAAGAACAAACAGCCAAGAUGGCAUGAACAGUUGCAAUGUUGGUGCCUUAAUUUCAAAGGAAGGGUAACAGUUGCCUCUGUCAAGAACUUCCAGCUGAUGGCGGCUGCCGCUUCCCACGCGGUGGUGUUGCCGCCACAAACCACCUCCCAAGCCCAACCGCACGAUAAGGUAAUUUUGCAAUUCGGUAAAGUUGGAAAAGACAUAUUUACUAUGGAUUAUCGGUACCCGUUAUCGGCGUUUCAAGCUUUCGCCAUAUGCUUGAGCAGCUUUGACACGAAAUUGGCUUGUGAAUAAUCGAAAGGUUCGGCUUUUCUUUAAGUUUGUCGUAAAUUCCUAUUUAGUGUAACGACGAAUUUCUUUUCCUCGAUUAUUGUAACAAACGUUCAAUUCUUUCUUUUCA